AAAGUUCUGCUGACCAAUGGCAGGGGCGUCGAGAGGCGGGGCGCUCCCACUGUAUGACAGCUGUCUGGACCAAUGGGCAUGUCGCCCGCGGCCUAUAAGAGUCCGCUGGGCCCUGGGCUACCGGCUCUAGGGUCGGUUGGUCGUCGCCGUCGGAGGUGUGCCCUGAGUUUUCCUCGCCGUCGCUGCCACCCGGUCCCUGCAGCCGCGCCUCUCGCCUUGGCCCCGGCCCAGCCGCUCUCCCUGCCCUUCUCCCCUUAGCCAACCCCCCGGUUUCUGCCGUCGGGGCCCCGGGGUCGGGCUAAUGAUGCCGUCGGAGAGUGGAGCUGAGAGCCCGGACCAGGCAGCUGCGCCGGUGGGAACGGCCGCGGCCUCGGCGGUGGCCACGGCCGCCCCGGCAGGCGGCGGCCCCGACCCGGAGGCCUCAUCGGCCUCCCUCGGACAGCACCUGAGUGGGUUAGGCUGGCCACAGGUGAAGCGACUGGACGCGCUCCUGAGCGAACCGAUUCCCAUUCACGGGCGCGGCAACUUCCCCACUCUGAGCGUGCAGCCCCGGCAGAUUGUGCAGGUGGUCCGCAGCAGCCUGGAGGAGCGGGGACUACAUGUGCUCGGCGUGCGGCUACACGGCUCGGCGGCCAGCCACGUGCUGCACCCUGAGAGUGGCCUGGGCUACAAGGACCUGGACCUGGUGUUCCGCGUGGACCUGCGCAGUGAGGCGUCCUUCCAGCUUACCAAGGAGGUGGUCCUGGCCUGCCUGCUGGACUUCCUGCCGGCCGGUGUGAACCGGGCUAAGAUCACGCCACUGACGCUCAAGGAGGCGUACGUGCAGAAGCUGGUGAAAGUGUGCACGGACACGGACCGCUGGAGCCUCAUCUCGCUGUCCAACAAGAGUGGCAAGAACGUGGAGCUCAAGUUUGUGGACUCGGUCAGGCGCCAGUUUGAGUUCAGUGUAGACUCCUUCCAGAUCAUCCUGGACUCGCUGCUGCUCUUUAGCCAGUGCUCAUCCACGCCCAUGUCUGAGGCCUUCCACCCAACGGUGACCGGUGAGAGCUUGUACGGGGACUUUGCCGAGGCCCUGGACCACCUGCGGCACCGCGUCAUCGCCACGCGCAGCCCCGAGGAGAUCCGCGGUGGCGGCCUCCUCAAGUACUGCCACCUCCUGGUGCGGGGCUUCAGGCCGCGGCCCAGCACCGACGUGCGCGCCCUGCAACGGUACAUGUGCUCCCGCUUCUUCAUCGACUUCCCAGACCUGGUGGAGCAGCGGCGCACGCUGGAGCGCUACCUGGAGGCCCAUUUCAGCGGGGCGGACUCGGCCCGCCGCUACGCCUGCCUGGUGACGCUGCACCGGGUGGUCAAUGAGAGCACCGUGUGCCUCAUGAGCCACGAGCGGCGCCAGACGCUGGACCUCAUCGCCACGCUGGCGCUCCAGGCGCUGGCCGAGCAGGGCCCAGCUGCCGCGGCCGCCCUGGCCUGGUGCCCCCCAGGCCCCGACGGGGUCGUGCCUGCCACGGUCAGUUACUACGUGACUCCCAUGCAGCCUCUGCUGGCUCGGGCCCACUCCUAUCCCACCUGGCUGCCUUGUAACUGACUCAGACCCUGGCCAGAAGAUACUGGACCUUCCCCGAUGGAGUGGGGUCUCCGCGAGUGUGCAGGGGAUGUGACCAGAGACAGGCAGCCUGUGCUGAGUGGCCUGGCACUGCUGCAGGGUUGGGCCUUGGACUGAACAGACGAGACCCCGCCCAUCCCCGAGUGAGCACCGCCCCCCCCAGGGGGCUUAAGGCCAAGCUGGGGUUCUUGAUAGACCUUUGGGUUAUUGCACCCCACUUUUGGACCAGCAUGAUGGUGGGGUGCAGGGGCCCUUUGUCUUGGGGGGUCAGUGGCCUUCAGGAGACAAACCUUGUUUGGGGUGGUAGCCUCAAUUGGCCACAGUCAAGUGCUCCCACCCCACUGACCUGGUUACAGGGUCUUCACUUGGAGGAAGGGAACCGUGCCCCACCUCCUCUCCCAUCCCUCUGAAUUUGUCACCAUUUUGCACUCUUAACACCUGCCAAUAAAGAUUGUCUACACU